AUGGGAUGGAAAAACAGAAAGAACACUGAAGGCCCAGAGGAGCCCCUGGUCGCCUCCCAGAGCAUGGAACCGGAAAUCGGUCACCUGUCUUCCUCUAACAAGGAGACCAUCAUGGUCACCCUCCAUGGGGCUACCAACCUGCCUGCCUGCAAGGAUGGCUCUGAGCCGUGGCCCUAUGUGGUGUUGAAAACCACAUCUGAGGAAAAGAACAACCAGAGCUCCAAGGCAGUCACAUCUGUGACCUCAGAGCCCACCAGAGCCCCUAUCUGGGGGGACACGGUGAACGUGGAGAUCCCAGCUGAGGAUGCAGGGCGAGAAGAUGUGAUUCUCCAGGUGGUAGACAACAAACAGAAAGAGGAGUUGUUGUCCUACAAAAUACCCGUCAAGUACCUGCGUGUCUUCCACCCCUACCACUUUGAGCUGGUGAAGCCCACUCAGUCUGGGAAAGCCGAUGAAGCCACUGCCAAGACUCAGUUGUACGCAACAGUCGUUCGGAAGAACAGCUUCAUCCCCCGCUAUGUCGGCUGCAACCACGCAGCUCUGGAGAUCUUUCUCCGGGGAUUCAACGAGCCCCUGGCCAACAACCCCAACCCCAUUGUGGUGAUUGCCCGGGUUGUUCCCAACUACAAGGAAUUCAAGGUCAGCCAGGCCAACAGGGACCUGACCUCCGUGGGGCUUCCCAUCACCCCACUCUCCUUCCCUAUCCCGUCUGUGAUGAACUUUGACGUGCCUCGGGUCAGCCAGAACGGAUGCCCUCAGCUGUCCAGGCCUGGGGGACCCCCGGAGCAGCCCCUGUGGAAUCAGUCCUUCCUCUUCCAAGGCCGAGAUGGAGCUACCAGCUUCUCAGAAGACACAGCCCUGGUGCUGGAGUACUACCCCUCAGCUUCAAUGAAAGGCAGCCAGCCGUGGACCCUGGCCCAGCCCCUGGGUAUCUCCGUGUUGCCGCUAAGGAGCUGUCUGUACCGGAAGAUGCUGACAGGGAAAGGCAUGGAUGGGCUUCGCGUGGAGCGGCUCCCCAUCGUGGACACCAGCCUGAAAACUAUCAGUGGUGAGGCCCCCACAGUGGAUCUUUCCUUCCAGCUGUUUUCCUCCGAGUGUCAUUCACCCAAGUUGCUGACAAACAUGCUGAACUCAUCAGGGAUGAGGACAGGUCUCCUGGGGGAGGGGAGAUGGUAG